GCUUGGCCUUAAAGCUGCAAGAGAACUAAACCCCUGAGAAUUCAGUGGCCUUAUGGGCCUAGCCCCCUAAAGUCCCCUAAAGUAGCUGCUUGAUUGUGGCGUUGACUGGCUCACUGUUGAAUGUAGGGGGGCUCGUGCGUCUUGCAUUGGUAUUGGCAACCUUAGGCGCUAAAAACUAGAACGUGCGUUUCAUGGACCGCUGUCAAGGGUGCAGCUUUGGCCCUGGCGCCCUGGACCACUGCUGCUGUCCAUCUUAUCGAUUCUCCAAUUUUAAUCUCGACUUUCCCCCAAAACGCUGUUCUUACCUUUCUUUCUUUCCUGCGACAACAAUAAAGUCCACGUAAUUCUUCUUCAAACUUCAUUCGCCUCGUUUUAACUUUGCCGUCAAGCAAUUUAAUCAUCGUACCACCACAUUUCGAAUACCCUUCUCUAAUCCAUCACCAUUCAAAUACCGCAAUCAUGCCUGGUGUUCCUAAGGACGCUCUUGACAACCUCAAGGCUAAGUUGAAGAAGGUCUUCAGCAAGAGCAAGAAGACUAAGCCUGCCGACAAGCCCGCUGAGGCACCCAAGGCUGACGCUGCCGCCCCUGCCGCCGCCGCUGCUACUGAGGCCUCCAAGACCGAGGCCGCCCCGGCUGCUCCCGCCGCCGCCGAAGCUCCUAAGGCUGACACUCCAGCUGCAGCUCCAGCUGCCGAAGCUGCUGCCGCUCCUGCUGCGCCCGCUAAGGCUGAGGAGGCCCCGAAGGUCGAAGCGCCUGCUGCUGAAGCCGCUGCGCCUGCUGCCCCCGCCGAGGCCCCAGCCGCCGAAGCUAAGCCCGCUGAGGAGGCCAAGCCCGCCGCGACCGCUUAAGCCUACGUCGCCCCCAAUACGUCGGCAUGCGGCAACAUGGACUCGAGAGACGGGUGCCAGAUAAUUAGCUAGUUGGACAGGUGGUCAGGAUUGCCUCAAUGGCGUCAAUUAAUAAUACUCUGCUUUGUUUUUUGUGCUGGAAGGGUUGAAGUGCGGAGGAUAUUCCCAGAGAGUUUUCGGUUUGAGAGAUACCCAAAGUAGCUUCGAGAAACAAUGGACUUUAUUCUCGAUCUAAACUAAACUAACUGUAUGGAUGGCGGACU